GCCCGGCUAAUCUGGGUCUUGAUGCAAUUUAUAUACUACCUAGUUGAAAAGACCCAAUAUUUAUUAUAGUAUAUCACCAUGUUCUUCACUGGAGGAAGGCUCAUCACGGCCUUGCUCGGCGCUGCAUCUUGCCUCUUGAUCAGCCCAGCUGCGGCUUUUACUAACCCGGUUCGCCGGCCAGGAGGCAGUGAUCCUCAAAUCUCAUAUUCAGGUGGAUACUAUUACCUCUUGUCUACGUCGUGGAAGAACGUGCAGAUCUCGCGGGCUACGACAAUCGAUGGCCUCAAGACGGCGACGCCGAAGGUCGUCUACAGCUCGGCCGAGGCGAGCCGUUGCUGUAACGUCUGGGCUCCGGAAACACAUUAUCUUGACGGAGUGUGGUAUAUUUACUUCACGGCGGGCAACGGGAAGAACCUCGACGGUCAGAACCUGCACGUUCUAAAGGGCGGCCCUACACCAUGGGAUGAUUUCACUUACGCCGGGAAACUCACCGAUGAAUGGUCCAUUGAUGGAACCGUUGUACGAUUCAAUAAAUGGGGUAACUACCUGGCUUCCUCGUGCUUUCACGGAGUACAAUACCAGUCACUAUGUAUACAGAAGUUAGGGGAUGACAACGUAUCACUAAAGGGCAACAUCUCGGUUAUCUCGCAACCGACUGAGUCAUGGGAGCGCAGCAGAACACCUGUAAACGAGGGGCCCGCUGCCCUGUACAUCCAAGAAACGGGGAAGACGUACAUUGUAUACUCAGCCAACGAUUGCUGGACGCCUGACUACUGCCUCGCGACACUUGAGUGGGAUGGCAACACAGACCCGGCCUCCGCCGCUGCCUGGAAAAAGUCAUCUGGCUGCGUCUUUAAAGGCGGUGUCAAUGGCCACUACGGCACCGGUCAUAAUGGCUUCUUCCGCAGCCCCGACGGUUCACAAACUUGGAACGUUUACCAUGCAACCUCGAACAGCAACGGAGCUUGCGAUGAUAGCCGUUAUACCAUGGUCCAAGUCCUGGGCAGCAAUUCAGACGGGUCUCCGAACUUUGGUACACCCGUUGCUCUCGACUACAAUUCUGCCGAGCCUCGUUAGUCAUUUACAGCUGUUAUAUGACAUGAUAUCUAACAGAUACGCUCCGCCCCUAUUGCAGCAAGAGUCGUUAUUGUUCAACGGUAGUAGCCUUAUAAGGCGCCUAUCUCAGAAGAGUAGAGAUUGGGAGGGCCUAUCCUGAGACAUAGUUGACAAAGAUGAUUCCUUGUAUGUAUGCUUCAUAGGUAGUCUCUAAUAGACAGGAUUCAUGAGA